CCUCCCUCUCCUCAUCAUUUCCAAACUUCACUCCGAAAUGGCGCCAACGUCUCUCCGCUACUCUCCGGCCGCCGUCAUUUCCCUCCUCUUCCUCCUCCUCUCACCUCCGGCCACCGCCCAGCACGACUACCACGACGCCCUCCGCAAAUGCAUCCUCUUCUUCGAAGGCCAGCGCUCCGGCAAGCUCCCCCCCGACCAACGCCUCAAAUGGCGCCGCGACUCCGCCUUGCACGACGGCGCCACCGUCGGAAGGGAUUUGAGCGGCGGGUACUACGACGCCGGCGACAACAUCAAGUUCGGGUUUCCCAUGGCGUUCACGACGACGCUUCUGUCGUGGAGCAUCAUCGACUUCGGGCGGGUGAUGGGAUCGGAGUUGGGGAAUGCGGUGAAGGCGGUGCGGUGGGCGACGGACUACCUUCUGAAGGCGACGGCGGUGCCGGGAGUGGUUUUCGUUCAGGUCGGAGACCCUUACUCCGAUCACAACUGCUGGGAGAGGCCCGAGGACAUGGAUACGCUUCGUACGGUUUAUAAAAUCGAUGGGGCCCACCCUGGCUCUGACGUGGCAGGAGAAACCGCCGCUGCUUUGGCCGCUGCUUCCAUUGUCUUCAGAUCACGUGACCCCUCUUACUCCCGAUUGCUCCUCAAUCGAGCCGUUUCGGUAUUCGAGUUUGCUGACAGGCACAGAGGAGCGUACAGCGGGAGUUUGCGGAGGGCGGUGUGUCCAUUUUACUGUGACAACAACGGUUACCAGGACGAGUUGCUUUGGGGAGCGGCGUGGUUGCACAAGGCGUCGAGAAGGCGCGAGUACAGAGAAUACAUUUUCAAGAACGAGGUGGUGCUCAGAGCUGGGGAUACCAUCAACGAGUUUGGUUGGGAUAACAAGCACGCGGGAAUUAACGUCCUCAUUUCCAAGGAAGUGUUGAUGGGUAGAGCGGAAUAUUUCUCGUCUUUUAGGCAAAAUGCCGAUGAGUUCAUUUGCUCUGUUCUUCCUGGAAUUUCUCAUCCUCAAGUUCAAUAUUCUCCUGGUGGCUUGAUAUUCAAGGCCGGAGGAAGUAACAUGCAGCAUGUUACCUCCCUGUCUUUCCUACUCCUGGCUUAUUCCAAUUACCUUAGCCACGCCAAUAGGAAUGUGCCAUGUGGAGCUUUCUCAGCAUCCCCCACCAUGCUUCGACAACUCGCCAAACACCAGGUGGAUUACAUUCUGGGCGAUAAUCCGCUGCGGAUGUCGUACAUGGUUGGAUACGGUGCACGCUACCCGCUGAGGAUCCAUCAUCGGGCCAGUUCGCUUCCGUCGGUUCAGGCCCACCCGGCCCGGAUCGGGUGCAAGGCGGGUUCCAGGUAUUUCCUGAGCCCGAACCCGAACCCGAACCUGUUGGUCGGAGCGGUGGUAGGUGGGCCCAACGUGUCGGAUGCGUUUCCGGAUUCGAGGCCGUUUUUUCAAGAGUCCGAGCCCACGACCUAUAUCAACGCGCCUUUGGUGGGCCUACUCGCGUACUUUUCGGCCCAUCGUUGAGUUUGGGGAUCCCUCGGGGAAAAGUAAAAGAAGGGAGGGAGAAAAAGGGAAAAAAGAAAAAGGAGAGAAGAAAAACGUUGUACGGGGGAUUGUAGUGGUGCGCAAAGGUCACCCUGCCGUUGUUAUUUUCAAAAGAUUCCAAAUGUUUCGUAAUCAAGCGAGAAAAAAGAAACGCUUUCAUUAUUA